AUGAGCCAAGUAUUCGAGAACCAUGAGGUUGAUGUGCAACUUCUCCGCCCAAGUGGUAAAGUACCGUCCACUGAGUUACGCACUUUGACGCGUGACUUUCAAUGGACAAAGGAUGAAUUGGCCAAGUUGAAGAAACGAAAUGGUGGGUUGAAUGAACGUGGGGAAAGACAUGAGGACCUUGGUAGUCCUCAUAUGAAUGAAGGAGGCGACAAUGACAUGUCGCCCUUACAUGAAUAUGUUGCUUUGACUACAGAACCGACAGCAGUAAAAGCACAAGUCCCCAGCAAGAAGCUUAGCAUCCAGAAUCUGAUAAGCUUCCUGCUCCGGAAGAUGGGGACGGGUCAGAUGAAUCCUCCAAUAAUACCCAAAGUUAUUGUGCCUGGUGAUGACAAAGGUAGUGCGGCUGUUGAAAAACAAGAGGUGGAAGAUGCGGAGGCAACCCCACCAUGUUUUGAUCCAACUAAACCCCUGCCCAUUGAAGAUUUCAAGGCAAUAAUAGAGUUUUACAGUGCCUGGAAAAACAAUAUAAGUGCGGAGAUGCAGAUAGAAUCAUGUUCAGUAGGCCCUGAGUUUUUCUACAAACUUAUCAAUGAUACGAAAUGGAUUAGCUCAAAGCAAUUUCUAGAGUCAGUCAAAGGGCCUACCAAGAAACGAGGAUCAAACAAGGCAGCUGCUUCAAACAACGUUGACCUUCCAACUAACAACCUGAAGAAUAUACAUCACUAUGUGCACGGUACAUGGCAACACGGGUAUGGGCAAGCUUGGACCAAAGUCCGGAAGCUGGUCAAAUAUUUGCACCUUAUUAGCGAUACUCUAGCACGGGUGCUGUAUGAUAUGCACUUUGAUGGCGCUUCUGAUGGUGAAGAGGUUAAGCAAAAGGGGAUGAAGAUGUCCACGUUUACGCCAUUCACAGUUUGCAACAUUGGAGAUGUGCCACAACAACGUGAUGGUACCUCUUGCAGAAUCAUGACAGUCAAAUUCAUUGAGCAUCUCAGUGCCGGCAUUUCGUUGAAUAAAGUUGACCCUUCGAAGAUCACAUAUUACCGACGUAAGCUUGCGAUAAAGGCUUUAAGGGGGAGGCAUAUAUAUGAGAUGCAGACAUCGAAGCUCUGCUGGAGGUGCUUUAUAUGGCGAUCCAACUAUUUUGAUACAGCUAUUUGGUAUGUAGCAAGGUGA